AUGAGGAGACAGUCGCACUACAGUUCCGAGGGCACCCUGACGAAUGAGGACUUUGACAGUUUCGAGCAAGUCCCUCUCGACGACAGUGCCAUCGAAGGUGAGUAUGAGAAAGCGGCCAAUGCUGCAGCAGGUCUGGGUCGUGGGCAGCCAAAGGGACCGGCAGUACAGCCCACGAAUGUGGGCAUCAGACUCCGGACGAACCCAUCAUCGGUCGUCGAGAUCAUUCACGCACUCGGUAGGACUUGGGCAAUAGCAGCUUCUAUCCUCAAUUUCUUACUUCCGGGCUUCGGUGAGCUUGCCUCUUAUGGAAUACCUGUUUACCCUCACUUUUUGCUCCAUUUCACCCAUUUCAACCUCGUUUUCGCAACUUGGUCGUUGUCAUGGCGACUUUUAUGA